AUGCAGUUCUCCAAGGUUCUCUACGUUCUCCUCCCGGUUGCCGUUCUGGCAGCACCGUUCCAGACCUUUAAGAUCCCGACAUUGGACCCCAACACCGUUGCGCCCGAGGUCCCGGCCAUCGACCGAAGGGCCCCUCAGGCGGACACGUGCGACGACUUUGGAUUGCUACUCGGUGUUGUUGUUUUGGCUUGUGAGAUGGAGAAAAUGAUACCCCCUUUCACAUAUGUGCACAUCUGGUCUAGCCCGCCGACUGCCCCGGGAGAGUUUUCCGGUGCUCACGGAAGAUACCACUCGGGACCCAGAGCUCGCCAGCCGCACAUUCUUCACUCAACUCCUUCCUGGUGGACAAAGAUUCAGGUUCUUUGA